GCGAGCGGAGAGCCGGCAGGGCGUGAGUGGGCGAUGGAGAGGGGGACUGGGGAACAGAAAUCGGAGGGCAAAUUGUACUUGGAAAACAUGCUGGAUCCCUGCCCGGUCACUGUGCACAUCAUCACCAACCCAGGUGGAGCAGCAGCCCUGCAGAGGGCUGUUGACAGCCUGGUGACAUGGAUUAACCCUGGCCUUCAGCUCUUCGUUGCCUCUGAGCAUGGCUCCUCGCUGCUGCCAGGGGGCGGGACUGGCACGGAGCAACCAGCGCUGGCUGUGAUUGUCUUUGUCCGUGAGGAACGUGGCGAGCAAGUCUGGCGGCUGCACAGGUGCUUCCUGAGCCCUCCGUGGAAGUACCAUCACACCGAGCACAUCAAGGACAGGACACUCCCUUGUGUGCCCAGGGACCAGGACUUCUUCACCCUGGCUGACCACCCCAUCCUCUGGGCCACCAAGCAGGUGCACUAUGAGAAAGAAGUUGUCCGCCUCACCCUUUACUGCAGCUUCAGCAACUUUGCCGACACAGUCAGGAUGUACCAGCUGAUCUUGAGGCGCAAGGUAUCGAAGCGCAGGAUGGACGCUACGUUGUUCGCCGUCUAUUCCAGCUCGGAUGUCGAGAUUCAGCUGUCACUGAAGAGACUGCCGAAGGGACAGUGCCCUGUUUCCAGGCAGUCGGCUGUGCUAGAGUUCAGAGUUCAUGACAUUGGCAGCCUGGUCCCCCUGCUGCCCAACCCCUGCUGCCCAAUCAGUGAGAGACGGUGGCAAACUGAAGACUAUGACGGGAACAAGCUCCUGUUGCAGGUGCAUGAUUUGUCUGGAAGCCCAUGGAGAAGGCAGGGAGUUCCUCAGUUCACCAGAGUAAAGAGUGACUGCUUUACUCCUUCCUGCACACUCCUCUCUCAGUGUGUGGGCUGUGGGCCUGAGAGAUACGCACAGCGUCAGCCGAUCAACUGCAGGCCCCGCCUGGCAAGGGGGCUCGGCCGCUUCCAUGGGAAGUCCCAAGAAGAUCUCUGGGGUGGUGAUCAUGGAGACAACAGGCAGACCAGUAGCGCCUCUGGGUAUCCCCGGGCAGCCCGGCGCAGCAGAUCCCUGUUCUGUCUGCCAACCUUCACUGGGUCUGUUUCUCCUUCAUCCUUCGUGACCGUGACGCUGGGUGAGCGCCAUCAGCCAACGGGCGCUGACUCCACAGUCACUGCCCUGGACGAGGACAGUGCAGUAGAGACGGGGAUGGACACAUGUCUGACCACGAUGGACAAUCGUAGCCAUGACUUAAAGGCUGCCCUUCCUCCCCUGCGGAAAACCAGCAGGAACCCAUCAUCAGACGCCUUCAGUUGCUUCUCUUUGGCCAGAAAUCCCCUUCCUCCCUUCUGCAGGAAGCCCUCCAGUUCCUCCCCUCACUUGCAAGAUUUCUCUCCCUCCAUUCUAAGCCCCCGCACUCCAUCUCCCCAGGCCCCUAUCGUGACUUCUUGGCUCUACCAUAAAGCAAAGCAAUCCUCUUCUCUGGUAGCAAACAGUGCAGCUGAGAACAAAGGGUGUCUUCAAAACCAACUGUCAGCCCUUUCCCUUGAUGCAGAGCAAGAGUUCUACAUCUGAACCAUCUUGUGGGCCCAGGACACCAUCCUGAUAUCACCAAGGUGAAUGAUAGAGCACGAGCCUCAGGCAUCAGGUUACCCUGCUCCAGUGGGAGAAAGGAUCAGUUCGAUACAAUUAUCCUAGUCACCAUUCUCCUGGGCAUCACAGUCAGGUUUGCAAGCUUCUGCAGAGGAGGUUCACCAGGUUGAUUCCAGAGAUGAGGGGGUUAAACUAUGAGGAGAGAUUGAGUCACUUGGGACAGUACUCCCUGGAAUUCAGAAGGAUGAUAGGAGAUCUUAUAGCAACAUAUAAAAUUAUGAAAGGGAUAGAGAAGAUAGAGGCAGGAAAGUUGUUUCCACUGGUAGGUGAUCCAAGAACUAGUGGAUAUAGCCUUAAGAUUCGGGGGAGUAGAUUUAGGACUGAGAUGAGGAGGAACUGCUUUUCCCAAAGAGUGGUGAAUCUGUAGAAUUCUCUGCCCAAUGAAGCAGUGGAGGCUAUGUCAGUAAGUAUAUUUAAGACAAGGUUGGAUAGAUUUUUGUAUAGUUGGGGAAUUAAGGGUUAUGGGAAAAAGGCAGGUAGGUGGAGAUGAGUCCGUGGUCAGAUCAGCCAUGAUUUUAUUGAAUGGUGGAGCAGGCUCGAUGGGCCAAAUGGCCUACUCCUGCUCCUAUUUCUUAGUUCUUAACAACAGCAUUCCGAACCAAAUUGAGCCCUUAGAUCCAAAUCCCCGGAGAAGGCACAAAGCCUUGGUAUUCAGUUCAUCAUAAUAGUGGGACAAAUCCAGUAAAAGUUCGCAGACACGAAUCACAGCAGCCGGUGGCAGUCUCAAAGCCUUAGAGUCACAUAGAGAGAAGCCCACAGACAAGCCGGCAUUUAAAUUGUCAGAACCUUGCACUAGGACCCAGUCCUGCCAUCGGCUAUUCGCACCAGGACUUGAUUUUGCCAUCGAAGGAGCUGUUCUCAACUCCUCCAAUUCGGCUUGGCGCUUAGAGCGAUGCACCUUCGUGCUCUGGUUAGUUGCACGGGUAUUGGAGCUCCUUUGUCCCGUCUUCCUCCCUCCCAAUCAUCCACUCCAAGCAGCAUGGCUCCAACUCCGAGUGCGUCGAUUUUGCAGGGCACAUCCCAUGAAUUCGCUUUGCAUUCGUUUGCUUUUUCAUUGUUUGCGGUGAUAGUUUACUGCAAUUUACUAAAAAAAAAGUUUUAUUAAUAAUGGUUAAAAUCGAAUUCCUUUGCUUUUGAACUACCAGUAAACUAUCACGUGUUUUCGGUAGUGUCACCCUAAACUGGAAGCCCCAGAUUAAGGUGGCACUACUGUCUGACUUGACCAGAUCAUUUGAGAAGAACUGUAGCAUCCCCAUGGAAUUGAAAGUCCUUAAAAGCCUGUGGCCUUCCUCUGCAACCCAUGACAGCCAUAAUCCUCAUCAAUACUGAACUAAUCCCAGUACAGACUGGACUCAGAAAAUACAGGCAAUGCUGGAAGCACCUAACAGUCCAGGCAACUUCUUUCCACAGAUGCUGUCCGACCUGCUGAGUGUUUCCAAUAUUUUCCUUCA